UCUCUCUCUCUCUCUCUCUCUCUCUCUGUGCCCUCUCCUCUUUUGGUCCCACAAUCGACAGGCACUGCUGCUGUAGUGUGUGGACACAUCGACCCUCUCUACAUUAGCCUCCAGCAUCACUUGGACUCUCAGUGCCAGCUUUCUUUUCUUCUGUCUCUUUUGUCUCUUCUUAUCUUGUUCCCACGGGGGUACCCUCUACUCAACCCUCUUCUGCUUCUCUCUCUUCUCUCUUUCUCUCUGUCUUUCUCUUUCUCUGUUUCUCUUCCUGUCUCUCAUCUCUGGUUCUCUCCAUGCCGUUCUCCUGCAAACUCCUCUUUCAGACAGCAACAUGGUGAACAGAUAAGCUGGCUCGCUGGUGAUCACCAUGGGCUCGUGCCUCUGCAAAGGUCAGAAAGAGCUCCAGGGUACUCAAAUGUGUCCCAUGGGAGACCUUCAGACGUAUGCGGAAGGACAGCCCAUUAACAAGGGUAUUCAUCAGCCUUACAAUGGAGGCUUUGCUGAUAAGAAGAAUGGCAGUGGUUAUAACAUUGGCGAGCUGGCUACGUCCUCUCUGCAGGGCCUGGUGGCUACGAUAAAGGACCACAUCACCAAGCCCACGGCGAUGGCGCAGGGGCGCGUGGCUCACCUGAUCGAGUGGAAGGGCUGGGGGGGUGACGGCGGCGCCGGGGGCAGCUGGUCUGGCUGGAACCAGCCAGGGGGCGUGGGCGCCGCCCUGCAGGAGGAUCAGCAGCUCUACUCCCACCUGACCGAUGAAAUUAAGGAGGCACGCUUCGCUGCGGGGGUGGCCGAACAGUUUGCUCUCGCCGAGGCCGCCUUGAACGUCUGGUCUCCCCACGUCAUCUCAGAUCAGCCCACGGCUGAAUCCGUCGCGCUGCAAGGCGCGGAGGGGCUCUUCCUGUCCCAGUUCUUGCUGGAUGGUGGGAGUGUCGGGGUGCCUCAGCACCUCUACAGUGUUCACGUGGAGCCCAGCCCCGACGCCAGGUCCCUGGGGGUCCCGCCCCAGACUCGGUCCUGCUCCCCUGGCUCCACUCACAUGCCCCUCUCACAGGUCCCGAGGACUCCCCAGGCGGAGGAUAGGGUCCGGCACGUGGACAGCACCUCUCUAUCCGAGGACGAGGUUUUCUACAACUAGGACUCUGACUGAAACAAGAGAAAGUUGAGUUGAAAGGACCAACGGCUCUGAGAAAGGUGGUGACACAGGACAGGAAAUGUACAGGAAGUUGUGCGUUUCCGUGGCGUUCAGAGAUGAGGUAAUUCAUGUUCAGUGACCCGGACAGGAAAGCGAUUUUGUUAGUUCGAGCAUGUGUGCAGACACGCUACCAAUGCCAAACAGUUUUCUGAAUAACGUCCUUGACAAUGUUUUUAUUGCUGCUUUUAAGUGUGUCAAAUCCAGAUUAUGAUGGAAAUCAGAAUGUCUUUUUUACGGACUGUAUGAAAAACUGUAAAAUAUAUCUGUGAAGGUGUAGUAUUAAACUAAAUGUAUUAAUUA